AUGAAUUCAGGACCCAAUUUCAGCGAGUGUUCCGUCUCGCACGGGGACAGUGCGAAUGGGGACUCCCGCGCGAACGAAAAUGAUUACAGUUGCCACAGCUACGGCGUGAGCAGCGAGAAGAGGAAUGACGAUUAUGCAGACAGCCCAAACGAUCCCUCGGCCAUGAUGUACAUGCCACAUAUAAACUUGAUGGGGCAAGGGGCAUACCCUGUGGGAGGCCCCAAAAUAAAUAUAAUUUGCACAGCUCACCGAAGCUGCAGUGAAGUAAGUAUCGCUGAGGAGAGCGCGAACGCUUCAGAAAGGGUGUCCAGAAAGGCGCCUGAAAAGACAUUCGAAAUGGGCAGCGCCGUAACAACACGCAACAACAAUACAAACGUGGGGAUAAAAAAUUCAAUCACAAACAAGCUGCAAAAAAAUUUAGAUAUGAGUUUUAUAUACAAUAAGUAUGAUCAGAAUGGAUUGCUCUAUUGUAAAACUAUUAAGUUCCUUAUGAAAAGCGAAACGAAACAUAAUUAUGUAAAAGCAUUAACAGUGAAAAUUAACAGUCUUAAAAGCAUUGGGGGGAAGCAGUACAUGAGGUUGGAGCUGUCUGAUGAUUCGAAUGACUUGUUUUUUUAUUAUUUAGAUUUGUAUGAAGAGAAUUACGAAAGUAUAAAAAGGGAACAAACUCUGGUCAUUAACUUUGAUUUAUUUCCUUUUAAAUUUAUCGACCUGCUCGAAGAGUGUGUGCUCGAAAAUGAGCAAUGUGAAAAAGUGGAGGACCAGAGAUUGCGCGCUGUUCUUAUGCUGGACAGCGGUGGUAAAGUACUCGAACGGGAUGCACACAAUUAUGGCAUCAGUGGGAAUGAUAGUGGAGGAGGAGGGAAGGUGGGUGGGUCCCAUCCCUACUACAAUAAUCAUAUAAACUCUGGAUACAACAGUGGGGGAAAUAAUAAUUCAAAUUACAGCAGACCAUAUGGCUGCAGAGGAAACAACGGUAACGAGGAAAAAAAUGCAGAAUUUGCAAUUCUCAAUGUGGUCGAAAUAAAUCAGUUUAAAGAACUCACUCAUUUAUCCCUCCAACUUAAGCGAGCUGACCAUGAGAAUAUCAUUAGCUACUUAUGCAACAAUAUGAAAUAUGUGAAAGCUUACAAUGGGGAAAUCAUCACCAGGCUGAAUGAAGAAAUUGUACAGAACGGUCAGAACAUGGUCGAAAUUAAAAGUAUGCAAAAAACGAUUGAAAAUUUGGAAAAAAAUAUGGAGAAUUUGAAGUGCGACUUUAACAACACACUGAACAAUGAUAUAAACAAAUUGAAAAAAGAACACGAAAGGAUUAUCGAAAAGAAGGAAGAAAAAUUCAACUGCGAAAAUGAAGAAUUGAAAAAAGAUGUGGAAAAUUUGAAAAAUAAAUUUACACAAUUAAAUGAAAUUAAUCAAAAUUAUGAACAAAAAAUUUUUCACCUGAACGGCAAGGUAAAAAAUUUGAAAAAUGAGUUGGAAGAAAAAAACACCAAUUUUGUAAAACUGUUAAAGGAGAAGGAAGACAUCGAGUGUGCUAGAUGUGAACUGGAGAAAUAUAAAAACACAUUUACUGUUGAGUUUAAUAAUCUCAAAAGCAAGUACGAAAAGGAAUGUGAAAGUAAUAUCUCCAAUAGCUCCAGCUUUGAAAGCAUCAAAAUUAGCAACUCCAAUCUGGAGACAGAACUGAAAAAAUACAAAGACAGGAAUGGCAAACUCGAGAAGGAAAUCAACAUCGCCAUUGAUGAGAUUAACAAGGGGAAUGACAUCAUCACGAAGCUUCAGGCGCAGCUACGGAAGAUGAAGGACAAAUUGAAAUGCAAGACGAUUGAACACAUCAACGUGGAGAAAGUCAGCUCGCAAAACAUCAGUGAAAUCAGCAAGCUUCAGGGCGAGGUCAAAGCCCUGCAGGACAAGCUCGCCCAGCGCGAGUCCGCGGAGGAGACCCUCCGCAGAGAAGUCGACGCCCUGCAGCGCCGCAACGACGAGAUGGCUAAGGAGUUGAGCAUAUCUCGGGAAGUUAAUCUGCGCCUGAACAAAGAAAUAACCAACAACAACCUGGACAUGUACGCCGCCAAGCUGAACAUGGGCGGACCCCCCAACGUUGUACCAGGCGCCAACUUCCGUGUCGACACGAACCUGCUGAACAAGGACUUGUUCACGAAGUUGAAGGCAAACUUGAAGAGUUCAACGACACCGGGCCCGGGCCCCACGUACGGCAUGGACGGCAACAUGAACCUCAAUUUAAUGAAUGGGAAAAUAGACACUCUGGACAUCAAUGAUAGGUACAGCAAGCCCGUGAAGUUUAUCCCCCCCGGAAUUUGA